UUUAGAGGGAUGGAAUCUAGCCGCUACCGUAAAACGGGGGCGCGCAUAAGCGUCACUUGCGUAUUAGAACUCAAGUUCUUACACACAUUUUACGCUGACGUGCUUGUGCUCGUGGGGAAAGUGCGCGCUCCGGCAUACAGCUGUCUGAGAGGAUGAGAAACGGUACCGUCCCGGGGGCUGCUUGCGGGCAUGAACGGGGGAAAACUGCGAGGUUAUUCAGUACCCAUGCUGCUAGUUAGGACAACAGGGCAAUGCGGAUGUCCCUGACAAGAGGAAACCGACAGAUGCAGGCAACACAACAAAUCCCCCAGCCUGGCCCAGAAACAAUGGAGGACUGGGAUCCUGGUGCUAAUGGAAAGCCGCCCCUUCCACGUAGUAAAAGAAGCUGGUAUCUGGCAUGGAAAUAUAAGCUGAGCAAUCAUCGGACAGUGCGACGAAUGUGCCAGACCGUGGCUGUUCUUUUCCUGCUUGUAACGGUUAUUGUAAACAUCAAGUUAAUCAUGGACACAAGACGUGCAGUUAAUGAAGAAGAGGCUGAACAGGACUAUGAUCUUGUUCAGAAUGUGGAAGCCCCUCAUCAUCGUGCUGGUGGGAAGAAAGUGCUGGACAUCGAAGUCUUUUCCAGUAGGUCAAAGGUCUAUAUAGCUGUGGACGGGACUACAGUGCUUGAAGAUGAAGCAAGAGAACAAGGUCGGGGAAUCCAUGUGAUAGUGCUGAACCAAGCAACGGGCCAUGUUAUGGCAAAGAGAGUGUUUGACACAUAUUCUCCGCAUGAGGAUGAAGCAAUGGUUCUUUUCCUUAACAUGGUGGCACGAGGGCGCAUACUGAUCUUCACAGUCAAGGAUGAAGGCUCCUUCCAUCUGAAAGAUGCGGCUAAGAACCUUCUCAAGAGCAUGGGCAGCCAGAUUGCUUCCUCUCUUGGCUGGCGUGAUAUGUGGACGUUCAUAGUAAAGAAAGGAGGGCAGAUUUUUGGAGAGAAGCAUUCAAAAUCACCUGCGUUAUCAACAUGGGGUGACCCAGUCCUGCUGAAGACGGAUAUCCAGCUUGUCCCACCUGAAGACGCUGAAUGCCAUUGGCCUGAUACAGAGUUGAAUCGCAGGAGGAAGAGAUUCUGCAGUAAGGUGGAAGGUUACGGCAGCGUUUGCAGCUGUAAGGAUCCGACUCCUAUUGAGUUUAACCCAAGCCCUCUAAAAGAAAAUAAAGUCUCCAACGUGCCAGUGGCUGUAAUUGCUGGGAACAGACCCAAUUACUUGUACAGGAUGCUGCGGUCUUUAUUGUCUGCACAGGGAGUCACCCCACAGAUGAUAACGGUCUUUAUAGAUGGAUACUAUGAGGAACCAAUGGAUGUUGUGGAGCUUUAUGGGCUGAAAGGCAUCCAGCAUACACCUAUAAGCAUCAAGAAUGCACGUGUGUCCCAGCAUUACAAAGCCAGUUUGACGGCCACAUUUAACCUGCAUCCCGAUGCCAAGUUUGUAAUUGUACUUGAAGAAGAUUUGGACAUUUCAAUAGAUUUUUUCAGCUUCCUGAGUCAGACUAUACACCUACUGGAAGAAGAUGAGAGCCUGUACUGCAUCUCUGCAUGGAAUGAUCAGGGAUAUGAGCACACUGCAGAGGAUCCAUCUCUUCUCUACAGGGUGGAGACCAUGCCAGGCUUGGGGUGGGUUUUAAGAAAAAACCUCUACAAGGAUGAAUUGGAACCAAAGUGGCCAACUCCAGAAAAAUUGUGGGACUGGGAUAUGUGGAUGCGAAUGCCAGAACAACGAAAGGGCAGGGAGUGUCUCAUCCCAGAUGUCUCCAGAUCGUAUCAUUUUGGCAUUGUUGGUCUGAACAUGAACGGCUAUUUCCAUGAAGCUUAUUUUAAAAAGCACAAGUUCAAUACCAUUCCGAAUGUGCAGCUAAGCAAUGUGGAGAGCUUGAAGAAGGAUGCAUAUGAGCUAGAAAUCCAUAGGCUACUGAGUGAGGCAGUGGUGCUAGAUCACAGCAAAAACCCGUGUGAGGAUUCGUUCAUCCCAGACUCAGAGCAUAAAACCUAUGUCAUGUAUAUCAGGAUGGAGCAGGAAGCAGACUUCAACACCUGGACUCAGGUCGCAAAGUGCCUACAUAUCUGGGACCUUGAUGUCCGAGGGAAUCACAAAGGAGUUUGGCGCCUCUUUCGAAAGAAGAAUCACUUUGUGGUGGUCGGGGUCCCUUUUUCUCCUUUUGCAGUUAAGAAGCCCCCCUCUGUGACCCCUAUUUACUUGGAACCUCCUCCCAAAGAGGACGCUGCUGUCGCAGGAGUAGACCAGUCCUGAAAUAUGGCGGCCCCAGAAAGCUGUCCUAAAACUGACAUUCUAUGUUAUGGGAUUGAUAAGAGUAACUCCUGUUCCAGAUGACACUCGGGUUAUGGGACAUAACCAUCCUGACUGUAGCAUUAUUCUUUUGUAAAAUUAGAACUUUUUGGUAAUGCAUUGGUCCUCUGACAUUUCCGUGAAUUUUUAUUUUGUUGACUGAGAAACUGAACAAUUUCCCUACAGAAAUCACUCCUCUUAUAACAAAGACUACAAACAAGACAGUGAUGUUUCUGUUGGAAAAACUGAACCUUAUGCUUAAACUGCAACAGAUCCUCAGCAAUUGCAAUGGUAGUGGAAGAUUUUGUAUUGCGGGGAUGUGUAAUUAAUUUAACUCCCUUUUAUUUAUUAAUGAG